UUAGCUUGCUUCUGACUGGCCGGCCUCUCUAGUCUCACAGAAGAACUCUGCAACAAUCGUCUGUGACAAAAGAACGUUGAACAAUCUGCUGUUGUUGAACUAAAGUUGCAAAGACUGAAGCUCUAGGCCUGUAGAAUCCAGGAUCUUCUCUGGAAGUAUAACAUCUCCACUGUUCUGGAAUCUCUUUGUUAAGUCACAUCCUCGUUCUUCCAGGAAAUGCAGGUGCAGUAGAGAGAGAUGCACCCAAGGAGCCAUCAUCUUGAUGGGCAUGGAGAUGGAUGGAUUGUCUCCAUAGUGCCCUGUGCUUUGUUUACAUCGGGAGUGAUGGACUUUCCACAGUACAGAGGCCAGUCUGGUUCAGCCUCGGUGAAUAGCAUUAACAUAUACACGGACACAGUGACUGAGUUCAUCAGGAAGUGUAUAGUGGAUGUUGUGCACACUGUGACUAUGAAAACCUACCCAAACAGAAAACUAUGGAUAAAUGGCAGCAUUCGCGCAAAACUGAAAGCAAAACCACUGCAUUUAACCACGGCAAGGUGACUGGGAAUAAGGUUGAAUACAAACAUUGCAUUUAUGUCGUCUGUAAGGCAAUCAAACAGGCAAACGUCAGUACAGAGACAAAGUGGUGUCGCAAUUCAACAGCUCAGACACAAGACUUACGUGGCAGGGACUACAGACAAUCACGGAUUACAAAGGGAAAACCAGCCACGUCGCAGACACCGACGUCUUGUUCUCGGACAAGCUAAACCUUCUUCACCAGCUUUGAAGAUAACACAGUGCCACCAACGUAGCCUGCUCCCGAGGACUGUGGGCUCUCGUUGUCCGUGGCCAACGUGAGUAAGACAUUUAAGCAUGUUAACCCUCGCAUGGCCGCAUCCUCAGGGCAUGCGCAGGCCAACUAGCUGGAGUGUUUACGGACAUAUUCAAUCUCUCCUUAUCCCAUUCUGCUGUCCCCACUUUCUUCAUGAUUUCCACCAUUGUUCCUGUACCCAAGGAAGCAAAGCUAAUUGAACUAAAUGACCAUCAUCCCGUAGCACUCACUUCUGUCAUCAUGAAGAUCAUAUGACCUCUAUCUUACCUGACAGCAUAGACCCACUUCAAUUUGCAUACCGCCCAAAUAGAUCCACAGACGACGCAAUCACCAUCGCACUGCACACUGCACACUGCACACUGCCCUACUCAAUCUGGACAAGAGGAAUAACUAUGUAAGAAUGCUGUUCAUUGACUACAGCUCAGCCUAAAACACCAUAGUACCCUCAAAGCUCAUCAUUAAGCUCGGGGCCCUGGUUCUGAACCCCGCCCUGUGCAACUGGGUACUGGACUUCCUGAUGGGCUGCCCCCAGGUGGUGAAGAUAGGAAACAACACCUCUAUUAUGGUGAUCCUCAACACAGGGGCCCCGUGCUCAGCCCACUCCUGUACUUCCUGUUCACCCAUGACUGUGUAGCCAUGCACACCUCCAACUCAAUCAUCAACUUUGCAGACAACACAACAGUAGUUGGCCUGAAUACCAACAAUGACAACACAGCCUACAGGGAGGAAGUGAGGGAACUCAGUGUGGUGUCAGGAAAACAACCUCUCACUCAACGUCAACAAAACGAAGGAGCUGAUUGUGGACUUCAGGAGACAGCAGAGGGAGCAUGCCCCCAUCCACAUCGAUGGGACUGCAGUGGAGAAGGUGAAAAGCUUCAAGUUCCUCGGCGUACACAUCACUGACAAUCUAAAAAAGUCCACCCACACAGACAGUGUGGUGAAGAAGGCCUAAUAUCUUUAAACCUACUAUGGCCUAUUUAUUGCCUUACCUCCUCACGCCAUUUGCACACACUGUAUAUAGACAUUAUAUUUUCUAUUAACUCUGUGUUGUGUUUUGUGUCGCACUGCUUCGCUUUCUCUUGGCCAGGUCGCAGUUGUAUAUGAGAACUCGUUCUCAGGUAGCCUACCUGGUUAAAUAAAGGUGUUCUCAGCUAGCCUACCUGGUUAAAUAAAGGUGUUCUCAGCUAGCCUACCUGGUUAAAUAAAGGUGUUCUCAGCUAGCCUACCUGGUUAAAUAAAGGUGUUCUCAGCUAGCCUACCUGGUUAAAUAAAGGUGUUCUCAGCUAGCCUACCUGGUUAAAUAAAGGUGUUCUCAGCUAGCCUAGCUGGUUAAAUUUUUAAAAAUGAAAUACAUUUGAAAAACAACCCCUGCAGCGGUUUCGUUCACCAAUCCGUCUGUUGUCAGGUGGUAAAUGACUAAGUAAGUAUUGGUGCUGUUUGAAUCCUUUCAUCUGUUUAGAAAUGUGAAUGAACAUAUAAACCCACACAGAUGAAGUUCAAGGAACAGGUCAUACUGGUUCAGGUGUACACAGGUGCUGUACCUCCCUCUUCUUCCCUGACGACAUGCAGCCCUCCACACUCCAUUACAUUUCAACCAUAUUCCAAUAUAAUUGCUGUUCUUUUUCAAAUUUGCUGCCUUCGUACUUCAAUUAACUUAGUGUUUAGAAUUGAACCAGCAACAUAAUUCAGUGUUUUUAAAAACAUUUAUAUUUGUAUUUUAAGAACAUAUAACAAAGCUAUAUAUCCAUGACUGCAGACAUGUAAGACACUUCUGUUAACCCUCUAUAACAACAGUGAACUGUUCUUUCCUCAUCUCUGGACUGUGUAAAUAUGAUGUGUGUGGAACCUGUUUUACAGCAUGGCUGGAAUGCAGACAGAUAGUGAAGAGAAGAGAGAUGCUGUAGCUGUGUACCAAAUGCUACCCUAUUUCCUAUAUAGUGCACUACUUUCGACCAAGGCUCUGGAUGGAGUGCACUAUGUAGGGAAUAGGGUGCCAUUUGGAAUGUAGAUACAGGGCGUGUCAUCCAGCACAGUCAAAUCAAGUACAAUAUUAUUUGUCACAUGCUUCACAAACAACAAUGCGGAGAGAAAUGGUUUAGUAGAAAAAUUGAAAAAUAAUAACACGAGGAAUAAAUACACAAUGAUAACGUGGCUAUUUACACAGGGUACCAGUGCUGAGUCCAUGUGCAGGUAUCAUGGUGAUCAUGUGAUCACAUACACACUGUGUGCCUUUGGGUUCAGUUUGGUUCAUCAGUAAAAAGGUAAUCCCUAGAACUGCUCUGUCUGUAACUCCCCUGUCUGUUAUUCCUCUGUCUGUAACUCUCCUGUCUGUUACUCCUCUGUCUGUUACUCCUCUGUCUGUUACUCCUCUGUCUGUUACUCUCCUGUCAAUUCCUGCCUGUUACUCCUCUGUCUGUUACUCCUCUGUCUGUUACUCUCCUGUCAAUUAAUCCCCUGUCUGUUACUCCUCUGUCUGUUACUCUUCUGUCUGUUACUCUCCUGUCUGUUACUCUCCUGUCUGUUACUCCCCUGUCUUUUACCCUGUCUAUAACUACCCCUUUCUGCUCUCUGUUCAUCUGUCUUUGCAGGAGAUUUUAUUCGUAAUUUUUGCUAAACCAUAAGACAAACAUCUGCAUUUGUAAAGCACUACUCUUCACCUCAAAGGACUUCACAUAUCCUAGGGUUCUAUUUUAACAAAUCUAACACAAUGGUACAUUAUGUGACUGCAUUGGGCAGGACAAAAAAAGCUUUCAUUGAUGGGAGUGGCGGCUAUGCUUGGUGUUUAAUCAAAUGAAAUGAAAAAUAAGCAAUCUGAUUUUUAAAACCAAAAUAAUAUUUCUAAAUAGGAUGGGGUCACAAGCUAAAUUUAAUAAAUGUCAUCUCUUGUUCCAUGGCACUGGUGCUCACGUGGGCCUACAGGUCUUUACACAUAACAUUUACACUUCUGUACAAAAUACUAGGCUCCUGUCAGUUGUAUUGUGGCCUAUGUGCGAGACACAUUCUCAAAAACAUCUGCCGUAGAUAUGGCAUUACAGAAGGACUGAAUAGUUUGGAGGAGCACGUCUUGAGUGCUGAUCUUGGGUCAGUUUAGCAUUUUCCCCACUAAUGGUUAAGGUUAGGAUUGGGUUGAGGGAAGACUAAAACAGGUUUUACUAUAUCUUUAGCCCAACUCAAAAUGAGAAUUUUCAAUUUUCAUCACUUCCCUACAACAUUUUUGGAUAGUUAUUAUAUUAUAAUUAUCCCUAUUUGGUAAUUAUUGGUUUAUUGUAGGUUGGAUCUCAACAUUCCACAUUGUUACACAAUGCUGUUUGAUGAGUUUUAACUUAUCAGAGUUUUUAACACAUUUGGGUCGAAACCACAUCCUGCCCCACAUCUGUGUUAAUAGGAUUUAUGUUUCCAUGACAACAUAUUUAAGUGACAUCACAACAUUGAGCAGUUAUAGAGGUCUUCUGAAUGGCUCAGCUCUCCAAUCUUACAUAAGACCUCAGCAACGAGCUUCAGAGUGAACAAAUCUGCUGAGCGAGACGAAGUCAAGGAGACAGCAUUUUGAUGGGCAUGGAUAUCAUAGAAAUGGUGGAGGUCGUGGGCAUCGCCCUGGGAGUCAUAGGAUUAAUACCAACCAUCGCGGUCUGUACUCUCCCUACCGGGAUAGUGACAACCAUCAUACAGGCUAAUGUUGCCAACACAGAGGUGGUCUUGUACGGCCUGUGGAUGAGCUGUGUGACCCAAAGCACGGGAAAGACACAGUGUGAGGUGUUCAACUCCAUGAGGUAUUUGCACCACUUUCUGCAGCCUGCCAGAGCCAUGAUCCUCAGUGCCAUCAUCCUGGGGGUUCUGGGGGCCAUAUUCUUCAUGGUCGGAGCCAAGUGCACCAACUGCAUCAAAGACAAAACAUCUCAGGCCAAGUUGAUAAUUAUUGCUGGAAUACUUUUCAUUGGUGCCGGAAGUCUUAUCCUCAUCACUGUUUCCUUGGUAGCAAUAUUUAUCAUCAUCGACUUCCCCAUGUGGAUCGAAGGAAAGCCUGAGCUGGGGGCCUCGCUGUACUUCGGCUGGGUGGCGGCUGCCCUGCUCCUGAUUGGAGGGGUCAUACUGGGCAUCACUGUGGGAGUGUUUGGGUGGAUGAUGGGAAUCUUUGGAUGGAUAGUCUCCCUAGUGCCCUGUGCUCUCUCUAUAUUGCUCCCAUUCAGUUUUUCUCCUGAGCCCCCCUAUAGGGACAUAUGGAUGGUUCUGAUGACAACCUCCAUCUCCUCCAUCCUGGGAGCUCUAGGAGUGAUGGGCUCCAUCUUUGGGACCAGGUGCUGUAACUGCAUCAAGAGUAACAGGGUCAAGGCCAGGUUCAUCGUUGGAACAUUCUUCAUCCUGGCUGGUAUCCUGCAGCUCACCACUGUGUUUUUGGUUGACCAUUACUUAAGAACGGAUGUCCACCUGCAGCUCAACCCAUUCGUCCUGUUUAGAGACACAAUUUCCCUAGUUAAUAUUGCCUGCUAACAUUAAUUUAUUUUAACUAAAUAUGCAGGUUUAAAAUAUAUACUUGUGUAUUGAUUUUAAGAAAGGCAUUGAUGUUUAUGGUUAGGUACAUUGGUGCAACGUGAAUGCGCUUGUUAAAUCAUCACCAGUUUGGCGAAGUAGGCUGUGAUUCGAUGAUAAAUUAACAGGCACCGCAUUGAUUAUUUGCAAUGCAGGACAAGCUAGUUAAACUAGUAAUAUCAUCAACCAUGUGUAGUUAACUAGUGAUUAUGUGAAGAUUGAUUGUUUUUUAUAAGAUAAAUGUAAUGCUUGCUAGCAACUCACCUUGGCUACUUGCUGCACUCGCGUAACAGGUGGUCAGCCUGCCACGCAGUCUCCUUGUGGGGUGCAAUGUAAUCGGCCAUAAUCGAAGUUCAAAAAUGCUGAUUACUGAUUGUUAUGAAAACUUGAAAUCGGCCCUAAUUAAUUGGCCCAUCCGAUUAAUCGGUAGACCUCUACUCCGCAUACCUGAUGAUAACUGACAACUGCAAGUAGACUGGUGGCACCAUAGGUCCAAGAGCAGGGGGGCAAUUUUUACCUUCUGGGGCCUGGACUUUUCCCUUAUCUGUUAACCUAACCAGGAAAACUCAAGUGUGUCCCACUUGUUGUUGAUUCUUCACAAAAAGAUACAGUUUUAUAUCUUUAUGUUUGAAGCCUGAAAUGUGGCAAAAGGUCGCAAAGUUCAAGGGGGCCGAAUACUUUCGCAAGGCACUGUAUGUGUUUUUGUCUAGGGUUUUUGUACAUCUAUGGGGUUUUGGUUUGUCUAGGUAAAUAUAGGUCUAUGGUGGCCUGAAUUGGUUCCCAAUCAGAGGCAGCUGUUUAUCGUUGUCUCUGAUUGGGGAUCCUAUUUAGGUUGCCAUUUUACAUGUUGGUUUUGUGGGUUAUUGUCUAUGUGUAGUUUCCUGUCAGCACUCGGUUUAUAUUCGUGUUGUUAUUUAGUGUUCUUUCUUUAUUAAAGGAAGUAUGUCUUCAUAUCACGCUGCGCCUUUGUCUCAUCAAUACGACGAACGUGACACUGCUUGAGAACAUCCCUGUUACUUUCUCGAUGUGUCGCACAGUCUGAAUACACAGACCUUCGUCUUGAUCGAUGUAGGUUUUUCUCAGAAGUUUGAGCCUGAUGUGGGCAUUUACAUGCUGCCUGCUGAACGAUCAAUGUUCUUCGGGUCUCUGUACUCACCUUUCGACCAGAGUUGACCAUUCUGGCGGAGAAAACUGCACACUCGUGCUGGUAGCUAGCUAGCUAUUGAAGUUAACAAGGCAAAUUUUAAUACAUUUCACAAACUGGACACAAAAAUAGUUAUAAGUUAUAAGUUAUAAAACCAAGAAAAUUAUUUUAUAAUAUACUUCCUCUCUCCUGUAAAUUGAAAAAAAUCUUUUGAAUUGAAUAAUAUGUAAUAAAUGCUCGACUAUCACUUUUCACUCUUAAUCUCUAUCCAACAAUGUCACCAAGACUCUCAACACAGAACCCCCAUAAUGCUCUGUGGCACAAUCCCAAUACAACUCACAAGGUUCAUUCUCUGAUACUAAUUCUAUGAUUGGAUGGAAAACAUGUCUAUUCACACAGCAAAAGUUUUUGAUUGAAUGGAUGAAUUCCUCCGGAAGUGGUCAUAAUGACCAUUUAUGUCUAUGGAACCGUGUGAGGCCUACGAGCCUCCUAGGUUUUGUACUGAAGUCAAUGUAGCCAGAGGAGGAUGGAAGCUAGCUGUCCUCCGGAUACACCAUGGUGCUACCCCAGACAGAGCAGAUGAAAUUACUGUAGACCUUCAUUGCAAAACAGUGUAUUUUUUAAUAAAUGAUUUGGUGACAUAUAAAUAUAUUUAAACAGCUGUAUCUAAAAAGGAUAACUUUCUUAAUGUUUCACUAUUUCCAUUUUUAUGACAUUUCACUGAGGAGGAUGGUCCUCCCCUUCCUAAUCUGAAGAGCCUCCACUGUGUUCAAUGUUAUAAUAUUGUAAGGGACCAGACAGGUGUUAAAGCAACAUAGUUAUUGUUCCACCUUGUCUUUAACAGGUCAAAGAGGAGUUUAUGACAUAUUGUGAUCAAAUAUUCAGUUAAUUUAGACCCUGAUGAGAAGUUACUGAUGAGACUCUGCAAUGAAGGGACAUAUUCUGACUGUUUCCUCUCUGAUGUCAUAUACCAGUAUUGACACUUCUCUUUAUGCUUCUUUAAAAUGGGAUGAAUUUAAGUGGAGAUGAAUUGAAUCAGAGGUUGAUUGUUUAAUCCUGUUAAAGAUGUUCAAAUUAAAAACGUAUCUGAUAGCAAAGUG